UGUCUAAUCUCUCGUGAAGUUCUUUGUUCCCCAUCUAGAAACAUCAGCAGCGUCUCAACAUGGCGAAUAAUAGCACAGGCUAAUAACGAGCUAGCGUCUCUCCCCCUUUCACCUGCCGUUAAAGUCCUAAGAAUAGUAUGCAGCAGCCUUUGAAAGUAUCCCAGAAAGAGUUUAAAUAAUGGAAACGCGGGGGAUUGAGCAGAUGUUCGACUUCCAGCGGUUACCAAAUGAUCGCUUCAUCCUGCUGUUGUUGUUGCUGUACUCCCCUGUCGGCGUGUGUUUGAUGCUACUGCGAAUAUUUAUUGGUGUCCAUGUGUUUCUAGUGAGUUGUGCACUACCUGACAGUAUUGUCAGAAGGUUCAUAGUGAGAAUAAUGUGUUCAGUGUUGGGUCUGCAUGUCCGGCAGAACAGUCCACACUUACGGGACAAAACCGGCCGACUUUACAUCUGCAAUCACGUUACACAUUUCGACCACAAUAUUAUCAACCUUCUUACCUCCUGUAACACGCCACUGCUGGAGGGCCCUGUGGGGUUCCUGUGCUGGGCGAGAGGUUUUAUGGAGCUGGGUCAGGGUGUACAGAGCAGGGCGGAGCUGACAGAGACUCUCCGCAGGUAUUGCUCAUCUCCUGCCGCUUUACCCCUCCUGCUUUUUCCAGAGGAGGACACCACCAACGGCCGAAACGGCCUCCUCAAGUUCAG